AUGAAAUUCAUUCAUUCUUACAAGUGCCUGGUAUUGUGUGUCGUCUUGCAAUUUUCCGACGUCCAAGGUCCCCCUCCUCCAGGGGGUCCGUCUCCGUACAGCCGAGCUCUCGAAGAGACUCUCAGGACCGAACUGUUCACAACCAAUAACUAUCAGGUCUUACAGCGACCGUCAGAGAGAGUCGAGGUACAGGUGUCUCUCAGUUUGCUCACAGUCAACGAUCUGGACAUUCGGGACCAAACGUUGUCACUGACAGGAUUUUUCACAUUUUACUGGGAAGAUGAAAGACUUGAGUGGGCCUCGGAUUCCACAUAUGACAACAUCAGGUUCCUGUUCAGUUCGGAGACGUAUGUCUGGCGCCCACCACUGCUGAUAGAGAACUCAGUUGAAGAUGUAUCCAUCAUUAGUGACAAAAAUGUGCCAAUGAGAUUCAACAACAGAGGUCGCGUCACGUGGAAUCCGGCAGGGAUUUACAAGGUUGCGUGUGAGGCAGAUACACGGUACUAUCCCAUGGAUAUACAAACUUGUAAUAUCACCGUCACAGUCUGGGCAUAUACCCAAAACGAAAUCAACCUUCGCUUCAAGGAAGAUCCAUUCGAUUUAACAUUCUAUUCUACCAAUGGUGAAUGGCAACUGAUAGCCACAGAAACUAUUCUCCCUGAAGCAGUAGCACGAGGAGGGCAGAGCUUUUCCGGACUUGAUUUUCAGAUCAAACUGAGACGGCGACCAAUGUUUCACAUCCUCAACACACUGUUUCCAGUAGCAUUGAUGGCAGUUUUAAGCGUCAUGGUAUUCAAACUUCCGGCAGAUUCUGGAGAAAAGAUAGGAUUUUCUCUGACAAUAUUACUGGCCUACACUGUGUAUCUGACACUGAUAUCGGAAAACAUCCCUAGUACUUCUGUAACUGUUUGUUACCUGUCCCUGUAUCUCGCCCUCACACUUAGUCUUGGCUCUUUGAGCGUCCUGUGCACCAUCUUUGUACUGAACAUCUACUUUCGGUCGGACGAAGAGGAACCCAUCCCAAAGUGGUUGAAACAACUGACAACGAAAGUAAUAGCGCGAGUGGUUUGUUACAAAAACAGAUGUUGCUGUGUCACACAUAAGGAUAUUCGGAUACACCCUACAAGUGAAACGCCCUCUACGGAACCGGAAAACAUAACUUUGCAAGAUGUUGAAAAGACUGAUAUAACAACGAAAAAUGUGAGAAAGAGAAAUAAAAAGAAUGACGAAGUUCCUCUAGAACCUGCAUCACCCACCCCUUCGUCGUCGUCCGGAACCUUACUCGUGGUCCAGGAGGACUUUGAUGAACACAAUCUGACAUGGCAAGAACUCUCUGUCAUUUUAGAUAGAUUGUUUUUUGUCAUAUUCAUGUCAACUAUCAUUGUGUCGACUGCUGUUUUGUUCUACCUUAUCCUUAGGGAGUGGAUAAAUGCUGAAGUGUCUGAAAGCGCUACCGAUUGA